CGUCUAAGCAGACAGCAUAUGCACGCCUUCAGCAGACGACCCACUUUUAGACUGAAUAGACUAUUCUGCUGCUCCUUCUGUCAUCACUGUGUUUACCACGGGGGUCUGAAGCUCAAGCUCAUAUCCCAACUCACUACUUCACACUUUAUUUAAGAUUACAGCAGACUGGGUGAACAUGUAGAGAUGGAUUUUAUGAAGCUGUUUGGCACCGUUAUAGCCGUUUUUUUCCACCCUGGAUCCGCUUCUAAACUAAAUGGCCAAAGAAUAUGUCGGAGCGGGACACAGCGCCCAUGUUACAAGGCGUCCUACAUCCACGACAGCAGGCGAAGGCUGACCUUUGAGGAUGCCAGACAGGCCUGCAGGUUGGACGGAGGCGAGCUGCUGAGCAUUGAGACGGAAAGCGAGCAGCGACUGAUAGAGAGGUACAUACAAAAGCUGGGGGCUGGUGAUGGCGACUUCUGGAUCGGGCUCCGCCGCAACCCACAACAUUACACUGCCGGGACAACAAGCCCAGGUUGCCCCUCACAGUAUUACUGGCUUGAUGGAAGCAAGGCCAAGUUCAGGAAUUGGCACUGGGAUGAGCCAUCGUGCGGUAAGGAAAUGUGCGUGGUUUUGUAUCACCAGCCCUCCUCAAUACCUGAGGGUCGUUUCCUGUUCCAGUGGAAUGAUGACUACUGCAGCUCCAAGAACAACUUUGUCUGCAAAUACCCGGAAGAAAAAGUACCAGUUUUUACUGAGGACAGAAACACAGCAUAUGCAGUAUCAUCUUUGAUUCCAAACAUAUUUUCAACCACGGAAAGUAAUGACAGGAUAAAAAUAGGACUACCUGAAUCAUCAGUAUCAUUCUCCAACAACACCCUGUAUGUUUCCUACAUCCUUUAUGCGACAAUCCCUGUGCUACUGUUGCUGUUGUUUGCAGUUGCUGGUUUCUUUUGCUACAAACAACAUGCUAAGAGGAGGAAGACAGAAACAGAAAGCUAUCCCAGCAGAUCAAAACAGUGGGUCGUAACAACAGCUUCAUCUUGCCCUGUGCAAGGACCUUAUGCCUACAGUGACAUUACCAAACUGCCUCACACUGCUCUGGACAGCAGGAUAUCAGCAGAAAUCAUGACAAAGUACUCCUGUGCUCCAUCCCAUGACUCGCAGUAUAACGAUUAUGAGAAUGUGUCAUGUGUGGACAAUGAGAGCGGCUUUGUGACCAAUGACAUCUAUGAGCCCUGUAGAGCUCAAAGCCGGCGCUGCCGCAGUCAGACUGGAUGGGUGGAAAACGAGAUCUAUGGAUAACAUUGGUGUCUACACAUGUCCUUCAGCCUCAGACAGACUACAGUUACCUGUGUGAUGGGGGAUUUCUGAACAGCUUGGCCUUUUCUGCACAGGUUUCACUAGAUUUCCAGUGCUACAUGCUCGACAUACUUUGACUACAAAUCAGUGUAUUUCAUAAACCAGGGAUUCUCAAAGUUUUGUCAACUCCAAUGACUUCAUAUUCUUCUGCAUAUGUUUAUAUUUUUCUGAUGUUUAAAAUAAAAUGUGUUAUAGCCAUACUAGUGGCAUUGUUAGCUCCAUGAAUCACCAUGCUAACAUGCCAAGAAAGGCCGCUGACAACAUAACGUGCAGCAGGUACAUUGUUUUCCAUGUUCACCAUCGUAGUAUGGAUGCCCAAAAUUGCAGACUAGUUCUACACACUAAAUAAAGCUGAAGCUAAUAGAAUCUGAUUGUAAAAGAAAGGGACUAGAUGAAGGAUCGUCAAAGUGAUUCUGAAGAGGGCAUAAAUGUGUGCACACAAUUUCAUGGUAAUCCACCCAACAGAUGUUGAGACCCUAAGUGUAAUCCACUAACUUUAUAGUGGUACUUGCAUUCAUUGGAAGGCAUAAACUGGAAACUGCAAGGUUACGAUGCUAAUUCAUGUCAUAAGGGUUCCAAUAUUUCACAAGAUAAAUGACAACUGGGUGAAGAUACUGAAGAGUGGAAUAUUAAAGACAUUAGUCUGUUUAUCCUCUGGGGAAAAUGCACAAAUCUUCAAUGCAGAGUUUAUCCCAUAGUCAACAUUCAUUAUGUGUCUGACUCUGCACAGGUUGACACCUCCAAGCAAAGGAACUGCCUUUGAGUAAUGUUUUUUUAUGUUUGAACUCAAAGAAAAUAACAUUUUUGAACCUGCUUAUUUCCUUUGUUCAGUUUAAGCCUUCGCCUCUAACCAAUUAUGUAAUAUUAAAGCAGCACUAAAGGUUUGAGAGGUUUUGGGGGCAUUAAUGAAACCAGCGAAGCAUUAAUAGUUCAGGUCAGCUUGGUGGUGCAGCAGUGCUGCUGAAUCUGACAUAACAGAUUAUGCAAAUAGCCUAAUCCUGCUGAUGUUGCAUCCACACAGGGUCACUCAUUUUCUAAACAAUCACAUAAAAUACUCAGCCCUUUUUAAAAAAUAAAUAAAUAAAUAAAUAAUGUCACCAGAUAUGAAGAGUCAUGAGACCAAGAAGGCUUGCUGUUGACUUGCUGCUGUGAAGAAGAUGUCAAGCUCAGGAUAUGUGUUGACCUUUUCUCUAAACUUGAACUGUGGUGUCAUCCCUGUGUAAGGCUUCCCGUUUGGUCUCUGAUGUCAGAGACCAGCAGAGAACGCAAGGAAACACUGAUGGCAGAACUGCACUGGCCAAAAUAAACCUCAAAGUUGUGUGGUUUCCUGACUCCACCUGAUUGGGUGAGAGGUUCGACCUUCUCACUGAUCUGGCAGUACAGAAACUUUUAUUUAUUUGAUUUUUGGUGAGGCCAGUUUAGAAUAUAUCACACCAUUCAUCAAAACGUGCAUUUUCUUGUAAAUUUAAAAAUCACUCUUUGCAUUACAUAUACAAAUGCCUGUGUUAUUUCUGAAUGUGCACUGAGUGGGUGUUGGAUCGGUGUCUUGGAAAGAUGAAGCAAGCCCAGUAAGGAGAGGCUGAGUGUGUUCUUGGAGAAUGUUAGACAGGAAAUGCCAAAAGCACAUCUGGAACUCUUACAUUCAGGAAGUCUAUGCGUGACAGCGGAGGCCUUCAGAGCACUGCGCUGCCUGCCUGCCUACUUAGCAAUCCACUGUUCUCUGUUUGACUGUCACUACAUACCAUUACGAGAAGCACUGCCGAGUGUAGAUCUGUGCUGCA